GGGAGCACAGCGAUUGCCAUUGCCAGCGCGCAGCAGGAGGCAGGCAGCCCGCCGCCGGGCGGGGCAGCGCCACCGGUGGGUCCACACCGGUUUUACAAAAACGGAUAGACAGGCAGGGCGGCCCGCGGCGAUGGCCUCCCCCCUUUUAUGCAACCCCUUCAACGAGGGGCUGGCGGCGCCGGCGGCCGGCGGGCACGCGACCAGCCCCUUCACCACUAGGCCCGAGGCCCUGGUGCCCGCGGGGCACCCGAAUUUUGUGAGGGCGCUCGCCCAAACCAACGUCAAGGUGACCCCCGAGUCGUCGGACGCCGAGCCGGACCCCGAGGCCGGUCCCGUCGUCAGCGCGAGCCCGUCGCCGCCGACGCACUACGCGGCGCCGCUCCUACACCCGGUGGUCAGCCGCUCUACUUCUUUUGUGGAGCUGCCCGAGCUCUACAAGGUGAGCGGAGACAGCCUCGUGCCCAAUCCUGUUUCAAGGUCGACUUCCGACGACACAUUAGCCUUGCCGCCACCACCCAGAAAGGUCGUCCAGCCCAUGAGGAGGGGCAAGUGGUCCGCUACGGAGGUCGCGCUCGCGGAGUUACUCAUCGAGCUCUUCAAGGCCGGGCGCGUCCCGGGCUGCCGCGAAGGGACGACCUUACGAGCUUUUCUGGCUGCGGAGCUGAGAUGUGAAAGGAUGCGCAUCAGUAAAAAGUACGCCGCCGGCCAGUCCAUCGGGAAGUUGGUGUUUCGCCGCGUCGAGGAGUGCCCGCCCGAUUCAUUAUUAAGGUUGGAGCGCUGCCGAGCCGCCUUCCGGCGCGAGGCCGCGGCCGAGUCCGGCGUGACGGAGGAGUGCGUCGAGGCGCCUCCCCCCAGACCGAAGCCGCCGCUCUCGACCUCCGUACCGCCAUCUCCACCUUCUCUGAAGCGUCCCCUACCUGCUACGGGCGAGAAGAAGAAGCGCCACCGGCCCUCGAGACCUCCUGCGUUGAAAGUCCACGAGUUACGAGCGCAGCUCGCGUCUCGGGGCCUGUCGACGGAGGGCCUCAAGGGCGUGCUCAAGCAGCGGCUGCGGGACGCCCUCGCGAACCCCAACUCAUCCUUCGCGGGCGCCUUCCCCGUCUGCUCGACGCAAGCGCCGUCGCUCGACAUUAAUGACGACGAGCUCGACGGCAUCGCCGCGCUGCUGGAGCCCUGGGCCGACCUCUGAAGUUUAUUUGACGUAGUGCGACGCCGCGCACUGCAUCUUGCGUGUCUCUUUACAGAGGGACACGCUGUCUGUACAUAUCGCGAUCACCACCCAAGACCGAUCGUUACCUGUUGCAACCUGCCACUGUUUAUCUUGUCCAUAUUUCUAGUCCCUGUAUAUAGUUUUACCUAACCUUAAAA